GAAUCUAGGAAACAUCUACACAACAUGGAAAAAAGAAAGUAUUGUCAGCGAUUCAACUCCAGAUCGAACAAAUCCUCCCGACAAAUUCGAGCUUACAACCUCGCCAACACCAUUAACACAGAAAGAGAAACAGGAACAAUCUUUUAACCCUCCUGGUAAUGGUGAUGAAAGUAAGUGA